CUAAGCACUUCCGGUAAACAAUGACUGAAAUAAUGCACGUGGAUAAACAAAACGUCGAUGAAAACUCAGAAACAUCAGCUUCUGAAGCGUUAUCUUCUGAUUCAGAUGUCGCAGACGAAGACUACAGUGCCGAUUCAGAAAGUGAAAAUGAAAAUGAAGAUUCAGAAAAAGAAAUCCAAGAAGAAAAAACAGAAGGAAAGCACCAGGGACUUGCAGAUGUUAUGUCAAAAAUUCUCAGCAAAAAUGUUCCAAAGCAUAAAAAGAUAAUUUUACUGAAAGCAAAAACAGAAAAAGAACUUCAGAAACUGAGAAAAACUAAAAGAGGAAAUAAUUCAGAUGAUGAAAUUGAAUAUAAGGAUGUCCUUGAGAAAAUGGAAAAGAAGAAAUUAUGGGAGAACAUGGGACGAAUAAAGCCACAUCCACUUGAUAAAGACAGAGAAAGAUAUCUACAAAGAAUUGCAACACGGGGCGUGGUCCAGUUGUUUAAUGCUGUGCAGAGACAACAGAAACUGCUGGGUGAUAAACUCGUGGAGGCUGGUGCGUCUGUUAGAAAACAAGACAAAGUCAUGGAGUCGAUGACAAAAGGGAAAUUCUUAGACUUACUUAAAGGAACAUCAGCCAGUACGUCGGUGAUAAAAGUUGAACAAGAAGAGAUAAAAGAGGAGCCGGUUGAGACGGAAGAGAAUGACAAGUGGAGUAUUUUAAGAGACGAUUUCAUGAUGGGUGCCAAUAUGAAGGACUGGGACAAAGACAACAGUGGGGAUGAGGGGGGUGGGGGGCAGGAGGACAUGGAUGAUGAUGACAUUGAUAACAUGUCAGAUAGUGAAUAAAUAUUGUUAUCUCUUAA